AUCACAUCCGCUCUGCGCUCCGUCCCUCUGUCGUCGCUUCCGGCGGCGCCGUCUCACCCUGCGCCUGCGCACUCAGCACUUCCUUUCUCAGCGCCGGCGCCGGGCAGGAAGAUGGCUAAGCGUACCAAGAAGGUUGGGAUUGUGGGUAAAUAUGGUACCCGUUAUGGUGCAUCCCUUAGGAAGAUGGUGAAGAAGAUUGAAAUUAGCCAGCAUGCCAAGUAUACCUGCUCCUUCUGUGGCAAGACCAAAAUGAAGAGGAAGGCUGUGGGUAUCUGGCACUGUGGAUCCUGCAUGAAGACAGUUGCUGGUGGUGCCUGGACUUACAACACCACCUCUGCAGUGACAGUCAAAUCUGCCAUCAGAAGACUGAAGGAAUUGAAAGAUCAGUAGAAGCCACAUUGCUGCAAAACUUUUUUUCCCCCCCACUGUCAAGAUCUGUCCUUUUACCAAUAAAAAGGUGAUAAU